AAGGCCGGUUCCCACCCGGAGCCGCUGGCCCGGGCAUCCCAGUGCGACGCCGGCGGCCUCCACCUGCCGGGAGCGCGGGGCGGGGCGGGGCGGGGCGAGGCGGCCCCGGGGGCGGAGGCGGGAACCCGAGCUGACGCCCGGCCUCGGCUGCGGCAGUCGUCCUAGCCGGCGCUGGGGCGGCGGAGCGGCGGCGGCGGGGUGGCGAGGCGAGAGAUGGGGAGACCCCUGAAACACCUGGAAGACAGCGAGACUCGAGACCACAGACCCGCCUGGGGAGACCUGGGGCUCCCGGCGCAGGCGAAUUUCCUUGCGCUCGCGGGGAGCGCUCGAGGGGUUCGCCCCAUGGCCGGGACUUCGGGCCGCGAUCCUUGGGGGGCCCUCGGGAUUUGUUACCUUCUUGGCUCCCUACUCGCCGGAUUGCUUUCCCCAAGGGCUGUCGCCUUCAAUCUGGACGUGAUGGGCGCCCUGCUCAAGGAGGGCGAGCCGGAUAGCCUCUUUGGCUUCUCCGUGGCUUUGCACCGUCAGUUGCAGCCCCGACCCCAGAGCUGGCUGCUGGUGGGUGCUCCCCAGGCCCUGGCUCUGCCUGGACAGCAGGCGAAUCGCACCGGAGGCCUCUUCGCUUGUCCCCUGAGCCUGGAGGAAACUGACUGCUACAGAGUGGACAUCGACCGGGGAGCUGAUGUGCAGAAGGAGAGCAAGGAGAACCAGUGGUUGGGAGUCAGUGUUCGGAGCCAGGGUCCCGGGGGCAAGAUUGUUACCUGUGCACACCGAUACGAGGCGCGGCAGCGAGUGGACCAGAUGCUGGAGACGAGGGACGUGAUCGGUCGCUGCUUUGUGCUGAGCCAGGACCUGGCCAUCCGUGACGAGUUGGAUGGUGGGGAGUGGAAGUUCUGUGAGGGGCGCCCUCAGGGCCACGAACAGUUUGGGUUCUGCCAGCAGGGCACGGCUGCUGCCUUCUCCCCCGACAGCCACUACCUCCUCUUUGGGGCCCCAGGAACCUAUAACUGGAAGGGCACCGCCAGGGUGGAGCUCUGUGCGCAGGGCUCAGCGGACCUGGCGCACCUGGACGACGGGCCCUACGAGGCGGGGGGUGAGAAGGAACAGGACCCCCGCCUCAUCCCGGUCCCUGCCAACAGCUACUUUGGGUUGCUCUUUGUGACCAACAUUGAUAGCUCAGACCCUGACCAGCUGGUGUAUAAAACUUUGGACCCUGCUGACCGGCUUCCAGGACCAGCCGGAGACUUGGCCCUGAAUAGCUACUUAGGUUUCUCCAUCGACUCAGGGAAGGGUCUGGUGCGUGCAGAGGAGCUGAGCUUUGUGGCAGGGGCCCCCCGUGCCAACCACACGGGUGCUGUGGUCAUUCUGCGCAAAGACAGCGCUAGUCGCCUGGUGCCUGAAGUUACGCUGUUUGGGGAGCGCCUGACCUCCGGCUUUGGCUACUCACUGGCUGUGGCUGACCUCAACAAUGAUGGCUGGACAGACCUAGUAGUGGGUGCCCCCUACUUCUUUGAGCGCCAAGAAGAGCUGGGGGGUGCUGUGUACGUGUACCUGAACCAGGGAGGUCACUGGGCUGAGGUCAGCCCUCUCCGGCUCUGCGGCUCCCCUGACUCCAUGUUCGGGAUCAGCCUGGCUGUCCUGGGCGACCUCAACCAAGAUGGCUUCCCAGACAUCGCCGUGGGGGCUCCCUUUGAUGGGCAUGGGAAAGUCUUUAUCUACCAUGGGAGCAGCCUGGGGGUUGUCGUCAAACCUUCCCAGGUGCUGGAGGGCGAGGCUGUGGGCAUAAAGAGCUUCGGAUACUCUCUGUCGGGCGGCCUGGACGUGGAUGGGAACCAUUACCCUGACCUGCUGGUGGGCUCCCUGGCCGACACGGCCGUGCUCUUCAGGGCCAGACCUGUCCUCCAUGUCUCACAUGAGGUCUUCAUUGCUCCACGAACCAUUGACCUAGAACAGCCCAACUGUGCUGGUGGCCACUCAGUCUGUGUGGACCUCAGAGUCUGUUUCAGCUACAUUGCAGCACCCAGCAGCUACAGCCCUAUUGUGGCCCUGGAUUACGUGUUAGAUGGGGACACAGACCGCAGGCUCCGGGGCCAGGUCCCCCGUGUGACCUUCCUGAGCCGUGGCCCGGAUGAUCCCAAGCACCAGGCCUCGGGCACCGUGUGGCUGAAACACCAGCAUGACCGAGUCUGUGGAGACACCCUGUUCCAGCUACAGGAGAAUGUCAAAGACAAGCUUCGGGCCAUUGUGGUUACCCUGUCCUAUAGUCUCCAGACCCCUCGGCUCCGGCGACAGGCUCUUGGCCAGGGGCUGCCCCCAGUGGCCCCCAUCCUCAGUGCCCACCAGCCCAGCACCCAGCGGGCAGAGAUCCACUUCCUGAAGCAAGGCUGUGGUGAAGACAAGAUCUGCCAGAGCAAUCUGCAGCUGGUCCACGCCCGCUUCUGUGCCCGGGUCAGCGACACGGAGUUCCAGCCUCUGCCCAUGGAUGCGGAUGGGACAACAGCCCUGUUUGCACUGAGUGGGCAGCCAGUCAUCGGCCUAGAGCUGAAGGUCACCAACCUGCCCUCGGACCCAGCCCAGCCCCAGGCUGAUGGGGAUGAUGCCCACGAAGCCCAGCUCCUUGUCACCCUCCCUGCCUCUCUGCACUACUCAGGAGUCCGGGCCCUGGACCCUGCGGAGAAGCCGCUGUGCCUGUCCAAUGAGAAUGCCUCCCAUGUCGAGUGUGAGCUGGGGAACCCCAUGAAGAGGGGUGCCCAGGUCACUUUCUACCUCAUCCUGAGCACCUCAGGGAUCACCAUUGAGACCACAGAGUUGGAGGUGGAGCUGCUGUUGGCCACGAUCAGUGAGCAGGAGCUGCAUCCGGUCUCUGCCCGAGCCCGUGUCUUCAUUGAGCUGCCGCUGUCCAUCACAGGGGUAGCCAUUCCUCAGCAGCUCUUCUUCUCCGGUGUGGUGCGGGGUGAGAGCGCCAUGCAGUCCGAGCGGGAUGUCGGCAGCAAGGUCAAGUAUGAGGUCACGGUCUCCAACCAAGGCCAGUCGCUCAACACUCUGGGCUCUGCCUUCCUCAACAUCAUGUGGCCCCACGAGAUUGCCAACGGGAAGUGGCUGCUGUACCCCAUGCGGGUGGAGCUCGAGGGCGGGCAGGGGCCUGGGCAGAAGGGGCUCUGUUCCCCCAGGCCCAACAUCCUCCACCUGGAUGUGGACAGCAGGGAUAGGCGGCGGCGGGAGCUGGAGCGGCCAGAGCAGCAAGAGCCUCGUGAGCCACCGGAGCCCAGUACGUCCUGGUGGCCAGUGUCCUCUGCAGAGAAGAAGAAAAACGUCACCCUGGACUGCGCCCGGGGCACGGCCAACUGCGUGGUGUUCAGCUGCCCCCUCUACAGCUUCGACCGUGCGGCUGUGCUGCACGUCUGGGGCCGCCUCUGGAACAGCACCUUCCUGGAGGAGUACUCAGCUGUGAAGUCCCUGGAAGUGAUCGUCCGAGCCAACAUCACUGUGAAGUCCUCCAUCAAGAACUUGCUGCUCAGAGACGCCUCCACAGUGAUCCCAGUGAUGGUAUACUUGGACCCGGUGGCUGUGGUGGCAGAAGGAGUCCCCUGGUGGGUCAUCCUUUUGGCUGUCCUGGCCGGGCUGCUGGUGCUGGCGCUGCUGGUGCUGCUCUUGUGGAAGUUGGGAUUCUUCAAGCGGGCGCGGUACCCCGAGGCCACCGUACCCCAGUACCACGCGGUGAAGAUCCCUCGGGAAGACCGACAGCAGUUCAAGGAGGAGAAGACGGGCACCAUCCUAAGGAAUAACUGGGGCAGCCCCCGGCGGGAGAGCCCCGAUGCACAUCCCAUCCUCGCUGCGGAUGGGCACCCUGAGCUGGGCCCUGAUGGGCAUCCUGUGCCAGGAACUGCCUAGCUUCCUCUGUCCCAGUCUGGCCGUGGGUCCCCUCCACCCCUUCCCCAGAGAUGGCUUCUUGGGAUGGAGAGGGCAGAGCGGGUUGCUGGUGUCCCGUCAGGAUUUGGCAAGAUCUGUUUCCUCAGGGGCAUAGACCUCGUCCCCCGUGAGGAGCACCCCGAAACUUCCCCUUAGAAUGCUGUGAGAUGAGAGGGGCACAUCAGGGAUGCGGUUAAGGGGUGGAGUGAGAAGGGCAGCCAUGUCCUGACGCAAAGGUGGGGAGAAGGAACCCGUCUCCCUCCCUCUCCCGUUCGCCCAGUGUAACCAGACCCCGAGGACUCGUCUCCCUGAAAGUGCCUUAGCCCAGAAGGUUGGGGAGGAGGCUGCAUGGCUGACUCAGGAGCUCUUCCCUCUCUAGUGUCACCUCUCCUCUGACCUUAGUUUGCUGUAUCAAUCUAGUGGAUUUUGUCUAUUUAUUAAAAACUAUUUGAGGACAAAA